AUGAGAAAUCCAUACUGUGACGGAGAAUACUGCGUCACUCUUAAUGUGAGAAAAUUGACAGCAGAGGCUGGACUCUGUGUUGUGAUCCCAUGUUCUUUCAAGACUGCUGAAGGCUUUGAAACCCAACAUAUAGUGUGGUAUAAAUGUGAAGCAUCAGAAGCAGGAUGUGAUCGUCCUGUCAUGAUAUUUCACACCAACAAAAGCACUGAUGUUCAACCUGAGUUUGAAGGACGAGUGUCACUUAUUGAGCAUGUCAUUCAGAACAACUGCAGCAUCAUCAUCAAUGAUCUCAAAGAGUCUGAUUCUGGAUCAUAUCACCUCAGAGUUAUUGGUGAACUGAAUAGGAAGACAGAUGCAUUUACAUUUAUUCCUAAAGUUAAUGUCUCUGUUAAAGGUCUUAAACAAAAACCCACAGUAAUGAUUCCCACACUGACAGAGGGACAGCAGGCCACACUGACCUGCACUGCUCCUGGUCUCUGCUCUGGAUCUGUUCCUGAAAUCACCUGGACAUGGAGAGGAGCAGGAGGGACUGCAUCUUACAUUGCAGGGAACCGUACUGAUUAUAAGACAGAGAAUCUGACAGCUUUCACACAGAGUCAUGUCUCAACUUUGACCUUUAAUGCUUUGGCUAAACACCACAAGUCUAAUAUCACCUGCAAGAUCAGCUUUACAGAUAAAACAACUACAGUGGGGAGUUCAACUUUGACUGUGAACUAUAAAAGGAAGCCUCAGAUCAUUGGAAAUACAACCGUUAAACUGGGAGAUGUUCUGAAUCUGACCUGCAGUGUCGAAAGUUUCCCUCCAGCUCUUAUAGUCUGGAGAAGUAUCACCACAAACCUUCUGACUAAAACUUACCCUGAUCUGCACAAUGACACUGGAUCAGCUACACUUGUCAUUCAGAAUGUGACAGCAGAACAUUCAGGACAGUACAUCUGUGCAACCAAACAUCUGCACACAACUGUGACUUCAUAUGUCAACGUGACCGUGACAUGGUUUUCAAAAAUAGUGAAUGGCUCUGGAUGUGUGCUUCAGUCAGAGGUUUUGACCUGUGUGUGUAUCAGUGAAGGGUUUCCUUUACCAACUGUCAAAUGGCCUUUUCUCAAGAACCGCACUGAUUACUCUGUCCUUACCACUGUGUCAAACCACACAGUAAACAGCACAGUCAGUUUAACUGUGAAAAACAAUGGCAGCACUACUUUUGAAUGUGUCAGCAGCAAUGGAAUGGGGGAAGCAAAAGAAAGUCUCACAAUCCAAAAAAACUUGCCAGACAAUAAUAGUCUAAUCAACUUCAUCAUGCAGGUCCUAUUUACAGUAUAUAAUGGUGAAGCAUUACAAGACAAUCAGACCCUGAGCUCAAACAGUGGGCCAAAAGAAGUGGAGUAUGCCAAUAUUAAUUUUUCCCUGCUGAAAAGAACCAGUGGCAGGGAGGCAGCAAGAAAGCAAGAGAGCACAAAGACAGACUAUGCUGAAAUUAAGAAAGUGGUCGAAGAACAAUGGGGAGAUGAUGCUGGGGAGGAAGGAGACAUAUUGGAGGACCAAGAGAAGAAUGUGAUAAUGGAGUUGAAACACUGUGAACCAGAAAGGGUAGAAGGGCGAGAUGAGGCAGUGAAUGAAAUGUGA